UUUCUUAUUAUUGGAAUACGGAAACUGACGAGGUUACGUGGGAAGUCCCGGCGGAAUAUAAGAAGCAAUCAAAAUCCAGCAAUAAAUUGUACAUUCCCCCUCCUUCCGAGCCAAAGUUUAAGUUAUGUUCUUUACCAAAAGUUGAUGAAGUUAAUGUUAAGAUUUAUACAAUAAAUGAAGCUUGUCCUGAUACUAAAACUGUAAAAAGUAGUGCAAAAAAUGUUAAAAGAAGAGAAAAAGAAGAUAAUAAGUUAUCUAAUGUAAAAAUGAGUCUGAUUUCAUAUGGAUCAAGUUCAGAAUCUGAAAAUGAAUGUGAUAAAGAUGAUGAUAAAAAAGAAUCUGUCGAAGAUAAAUCAUCAAUAAAAGAAAAUGAGUCAGAACCAAGUGAUUUUGAUGACGAACUCGAUAUUUUAACCCAAAUCCAGAAAAAAGCGAACGAUUUAAAGAAAAUAGGAGGUGAAGUCCCAACAGAAGUCAAAAAAUUAAUUGAAACAACCUCUAAUUCGCCAAAAAUUGGAGUAUCUUUAGUCCCAGGUUAUGGUGAUGAUUCAGAAGAUGAACUUGAAACAACCCCAAAUGUUUUAGAAACGAAAACUUUAUUUCCUGCAGCAAAAAACAUUGAGAACUCCUCAAAUUCUAAUUCGAACGAUGCCAAUCAUGUCGAGUUUAACACAAUUAUUGAUAAAAGUUCAACAGAAAAGAAAUUCAAUGAUCAAGACAAUUUCGAAAUCGACGCGAAAGCUUUUCAAAGGAAACGCCGAAUCGGAAUUUCUUUGGUUAAUACGAAAAGAAAAGUGGAUGGAGAUGAAGUUAAAAACGAAGAAGGGGUUAAAAAAGUUGAAUAUCCGGGUUUUAAAAGUGGAGGGAUUCUUUUUGGGGAUGAAAAAAAAGAAGAAAUUGAAGUAAAAGUGGACGAUGAUGACUUGGUUAAAGAAAUUAAUGAAACGAAAAAUACUUUGGAGGAGAAAUUAAAAUUUUUAAGCGAAGGGCACCCCCCAGCUUUACCCGUACAAGUUAUGAUCAUUCAAAUGGAGACAUUAUUUACUGCGAUGUGCGAAGAUAGUUUAAAACCGUCGUACCUCAAAAAUUGGUUAAAUUCGACUGUCGAAGAUUUAACGAAGCUUGAAAAGGAAGCUGCCCCUUCCGGUUGGCUUUUACAGUGGGAUAGGUCUCACAAACGUUAUUACUAUCAUAAUCAAGCAACGGGCGACAGUCAAUGGGAUUUUCCAGAAGCGGAUGCAAUCCGAACCGAAGAAGCCAUGGAUAUUUCGAUGACGCCACCCCAUGAUGAUCAAUCAACAAAUCGCAGUUUAGAAAGCGAAUCGCAAGCUGAACCUCCACCACCUCCAUCUAUCAGAAAUAAAAGUAUUUCACCUCCUCCGCCUCCAAUUAUAAGUAAAAUCGAUAAUGUUGAUCAACCUUUACCUCCCGGAGUCGAAGAAGACAAAGAAAAAGCACCAAACGGAAAAGAUGGGAGUUUUUCUUCCGAAUUAUCGUCCUUUUAUUCCGAUAUAGCGGCCAUAGAAAGUAAUCUACCUCAACCUGUUACAAUUAAAACUAAUCCAGACGAGAUUAAGCCUGAGGAAAUUAUUUCACAACCUCCAAAAAAGAAGAAAAAGGUUAAAGUCUCAUCAGGAUUAGCAAUGAAGAAAAAAGGAGUUUCACAAAUGGUUGAAAAGUGGAAAAAUUUGCAAAAAAAUUAUGAUUAAUUGUAAUUAUAUUAACUAAAUAAAACUAUUAUACUCUUUU